AUGCCCGCGACGCACACCCAGCCAGGCCUCAUCGCCCGAAGCAAUGAGGGCUGUGACUACCAACGCUCGCAGUCCCCUGUUAACGGGACGGAGCGAUUCCGAUCCCUAGAAGCCGAACGCGGCCGUCCCGUGCACCGACCAACCACAACCAAGGGCGCACACACCAACCCCGUGGCCGUCCAUUUGAUUCCCCCGCGCCAGCUACGACACCAACUGGCGCCACCAACCUUCUCCCUAUCCCCGAUGGCUAUGACAUGGGUUAAUGCGACGAGUGUCUUCGUGUACAACGCGCCGGCGCUGCUUGACCCGCCCUCGUUCAACGACUCGACUAAGUUAGAACGGAGGAUAUUCAUCCGCCAGUACGACAAAUACCUGGACCAAGUCAACGCCCUCCAGCUCAAUGGCUCACGGCCCUUCGCCAUGCCUGUUAGCGCAUGCAGGGACGUACUUACCAAGAAGCGCAUGGCGAUGUGA